CCCCGCCCCCGGCUCGCCCUGCCUCCCUGGAUCUCUCCCGGCCCGCGCGCGCGGCUAGUGCAGACCUCCCGGCUCGACAGGCGGCGCGGGCGGCGGUAAAAUGUCGGCUCCAGGACCUUACCAGGCGGCUGCAGGCCCUUCUGCAAUGCCCACGGCACCCCCAACCUAUGAAGAGACAGUGGGUGUCAACAGCUACUACCCAAUGCCCCCAGCACCUGCACCGGGGCCAGCCACAGGGCUCAUCGCAGGCCCAGAUGGGAAGGGCAUGAAUCCACCUUCGUACUACACCCAGCCUGUGCCUGUUCCCAAUGCCAACGCAAUUGCCGUACAGACAGUGUAUGUGCAGCAGCCCGUCUCCUUUUAUGACCGUCCUGUCCAGAUGUGCUGUCCGUCCUGCAGCAAGAUGAUCGUGACCCAGCUGUCCUACAAUGCCGGCGCCCUCACCUGGCUGUCCUGUGGCAGUCUGUGUCUGCUGGGGUGCAUCGCUGGCUGCUGCUUCAUCCCAUUCUGUGUAGACGCCCUGCAAGACGUGGACCAUUACUGCCCCAACUGCAAAGCGCUCCUGGGCACCUACAAGCGCUUGUAGGACUUGGCCAGCCAGCCAUAGGGGAGAUGGUAGAUCCUGCUACCGGAAGUCACCUGACCCUUGCCCAGCUCACCCAGAAGAGGCCCCUUCCUUGAUUUCAUCUCUUCAUGGGCUCCAUCUUCGUGUCUUUUGCGGGGUGGAAAAGGUCAAAAAAGUAACAAACCUCCAAACCCCAGAAACUGCUGCUUGGAGUUGUGCCCUGCAAAGACGUGGACCUUGAUGUUUCAAGGGCUUACAGCCUGCCCAAGUCACCCCCACUAACUGUGGUUGUUACCCCAUUUACCUCGCCACUGAUUUGCCAUUGGCUGGCUCCUCUUCCUCCUCAGUGGGCCUUCCGGGUGGCGGUCUCAAACCCGGGAGCCAGUCUGCCUUAUUCUUCGCUGUUGGCCUGAUCUUCUGUCUCUCCCCAUCCCUGAUGGCAGAGACCCCGCCUUAAAGACUCUGUGGUUCUGUAAUUGCAGACUUCUCUGGCACUCAGAGUCACUUUAAUUUCAUAGGUUUUUGUUCUGUUUUCCAAGUGCACAGAAGGGCUGCCGACACCCACCAGACACACACAGAGAAGGUCACAAGUACAAACUAAAAAGAACAGUCAGGCUGGGUUUAAUCACACCCGUCCUGUCUUAGCCCUGCUCCUGUGGGGUGGGGGUGGGGGUCUUCUUCCUCGCAGUUUCUGUGAGCUCCUUUUGUUCUUAAAACACACAUAGAAGUCACUUGGCAGGGAGACAUUUCUACAGUAACUUUUGUGAUCACAAUACAGCCUCCAUUGUUUCAUU